AAAUAAAAUGGCGACUUCGAUAUGUGGAGAGAUAUUACGUUUCCGUGAAUAGUUAAUUAAACGGUUAAUUUAUCCCUACCAGUGCGCGUGCUAGGGCGAGCCACGGCGUGAACGCGCUCGCGCGUGUCCGCGUUAUCUUGCUUUGCUCAAAGAAGCUCUCGCGCGCUGCCUUUACGCUGGCCAAUAGACGUACGAGGACCGGCGGCCCUCUCUUUAUUAUUCAUAAGUUAUUGGACCAAUCGGCGUGUAGCUUGCUUUCAUAUCGCGCACGUAUUAUGAAUAUGCGAAAAUAUGUAAAUGUAACGCCGUGGUGAGAGAGACAGACAGCGGUGUUGUUUUGGUCCUGCCUCAGGACCUCCAGCAGGUUUAAAACGCACCAUUGUGUCGUUGUCAUCUUAAUCGCUUCUCUGUACUUUUAUUGUCCUGGUCAUUUUACCUACAGUGUUGAAUUAUGCCCGGAAACGCGACGGUUCUCGGUUCUCCGAGCAGCAGCAAUCCGCAAAAGCCUUUGCCUUUAGUUUUGAAGAAAAUAAUGGACAUCUUACCGCCUAACAUAAUGGACGACGGAGACGACGAGAUAGAGAAGGAGAAGCUGAGCUCUGCCGGUGAUGGGGAGUCUUGCGGAGAUGGAGGAGGCGGAGGAUCCGGGGGCGUGGGCGUGGGCGGAGUUUCAGCUUCGCUCACUCCCACAAUUUGGGACAAGACCAUUCCAUACGACGGCGAGAACUUCCACCUGGAGUACAUGGACCUGGAUGAGUUCCUGCUGGAGAACCAAAUACCUGCAGCCCUGGAGGAGGAGCUGCACAAGAGCCUGGAGCAGGAGGCUCAGGGAUCCCCCGCAGUCCCAGAAGUCUCAGGGUUUGUCCCACAGGUGCCCGGGGAAACGGAGAAAGCUGCAGAAGUGCGGAAGAUAAAAGGGGAGGAUGAGAAGGGUGAGAAUGGAAUAGCUGAGCUGCAGGUCAUGGGGCAUACCACAGAGACUAAAGCAAAGCACGAGCGCAUCACUCCGUCUCCCGUCAACCCAGAGGAGGUCGAGGUGAGUGUGAAUUUCCAGCCAGAUCCGGCAGACCUGGUGCUGUCCAGCAUUCCGGGAGGUGAGCUGUUUAACCCACGCAAACACCGCUUCUCUGAGGAAGAACUCAAACCACAGCCUAUGAUCAAGAAAUCCAAGAAGGUGUUUGUUCCAGAGGACUCCAAGGACGAGAAGUACUGGAUGAGGAGGAAGAAGAACAACGUAGCAGCGAAGCGUUCACGAGACGCGCGCCGCCUGAAGGAGAACCAGAUCGCCGUGCGUGCCAAUUUCCUAGAGCGGGAGAACGCGGCACUGCGGCAGGAAGUGGCCGAGCUCAGGAAGAACUGCAGCCGCUGUAAGAAGAUCAUGGCUCUAUACGAGUCCAAGUACGGCCCUCUGUAAGGACAAGACCUCACCAAGACACCGUAGGUUAUCAACAACCAACACAAACUCCAAACUGUAAAUGUGGGUGGGGUUACUGACCUAAAGAGCAGCUCACACAGACACACUCACACACACAGGUUGUGUUUAUUUGUUUUUAAUGGUAGAUUUUAGGUUAAUGGUUUUAUUUUCAUCUGGAAACACUGGACCAAAGCAUGAAGCCCUUCUCUGCUCUCAUUUUCACCUUUCUGACUCAGUAGCAGGAAGUGACAUCACCUCGCACGAACGUGUGAUCCUGGUACACUUUCGCACAUAAACGUGCAAGCGGAUCGAACGUACAGCUGUAGCCGAUUGUUUUGUACCAACACACUGAAAUUCUUUCGUAUAUCGAAAUCCUUUUCUAUAGAGACACAGUGACUGUUGUUGUUGUUGUUUUGUUUGUUUUUAGCUCAGCAGCAGCAGCAGCACGUCGUCUUUCGCCCCCUAGUGGACUAACAGAAAGCUCUUUUUCAGUAUAAUCUCUUUGUAACAUCCUUCAGUAUGAUCGCCAUCCACAAGACGAACUCGGUCGACCGGCUUAGAAGCCUUAUCACACCAGUUUGUAGUCAGUAAACGAAUCAACGCUCACGUGAGAAACACGUGUCAGAUUUCAAACAACCGAUUUUAGAAAUCAGAAAACCUGGCCACGAUUCUCCGUCGCUGUGUUGUCAUGGUGAUUUAUUUUAUUUUUUUUUGUAAUUUCCAUCUUUGUGAUAAGAAAAUGUGUGUGUGCGUGUGAGAGUGUGUGUGUGUGUGUGUGUGUGUGUGUGUGUGAGUGAGACAGAGUCACAUGCUGAGAAACACAUUCUGUCCCACUUUCUCCUCUGGAGUGAAGCGCAUGCUCCAGCAUGACGUGAUGAUGACGUGUGAGGAGCGGGUUGAUUUAUUUAUCUACUCUGAGAGAGAGAGAGUGUGUGUGUGUGUGUGUGUGUGUGUGUGUUAACCGACCUGCAACUUGUACCGUCUUCGUCCUGACUUCGUAUUUGCGUGUUUUUGGCUUUGAAGAUAAGAAAAGGUGUUUUUUUUUCUUCCACAUACUAAAAGUCAGUUUGCUUUAGGUUAUGAAGCUAUGAUGUCUUUUCUCUCCACACACACACACACACACACACACACACAGGCAGCGGUGUAUUCUCAGAAUAAGGCAGGGACUGUUAUUCUUCCUGAUGUCUGCAGUCUUUACCUGAUGCUGCCUUCUUCCCCUUCUCUCUCUCUCUCUCUCUCUCUCUCUCUCUCUCUCUCUCUCCGCAUCUUUACUAUUAAACAGCAUCAAGGAGAUUUUUAAGAGACUUUCUGCAUGCGAUCUUUGUAAAUGCACCAGUCUUUAAAAUCCUCUUCUUCCAUCAUGUUACGGAUUUAAUCCACUUUCACUUUAGUGAUGAAUAACUUGUUUUGUUUUUUUCUUUCUAAGUGAUGCCUAAUGUUCUUUGUCUUGUUAGUGAUGUGGACGCUGAGAUUUUAAUAACACUGAUAAUAUUUCUGAUUUAAAAAAACAAAACAAAACAACAUAUAUCUAUAUUUUAAAAUAUAUUCUAUGUGAUGAUUAUAAUCGAGUUGUCGUGCAGGGAUUUUUAAUCGUAAACUGUGACCAGUGCAAAGGGUUUUUAUACCACGUACACGUCUGAUCUACUAAUUACUAAGACUCGGGUCUUAAAGGGGAGGUUUACAAUGAGGCUCUCCAACAGGGGGCGCUGCGUGGAAGCAAAGACUUAUGAGCUCACGACAGCUGAGACAGAACGAGUGUGAGUGAGAGCGCGCGAGUGUGAGCGAGUGUGAGAGAGAUCAAUAACACUGGAAUCUGUUUAAACCGAUUUAUUAGUUAUAGUUUGUUUCCUAUAUGCACCAUGGAUGCAGUGUGCAGUAAUGUCAAUACUCUACGUGGGGAUUUAUUUCCCUACCACCAGUGCAUUUGUUCUUACUACACAGGGUAAUUAAAACGGCUUCUCAAAUGCACCUAAGGCCAAAAGUAUGUGCACCCCUGACCGUCACACCCACACUCCAACAUCUAGCGGAAAUCCUUCAGAGGUUCGUGUGUGACCGUCAGGGUGCACAAACUUUUACCUGUAUACUGUAUCUUAAUAUUAUUCAGCUACAUAGAGUCUGUGGGGGUUUGUGAGUGUGUGUAGUGUUAUAACCACAUGUACGCGCAGAGAUUCGUAUACGACAGUCUAUUUUUAAACAAAAACAGAGUAAAGAAUCUAUAAGCUAUAAAACUUGGUCACUUUUUUUUUAAACUCUUUAUUUUUGCUUCCUAAACAAUCUUCAAAAGAAGGUUAUAAACAAGAUAAUAAAUGAACAAAGCACACACACACACACGACACGGAUUAGUGACCGAUCGUACCGUCCGCUCGACGUCGCUCUAAUCAUGCUUUUAAUAUAUAUAUAUAUAUAAAUAAAUAUAUAUAUAUAAAACUAUAUUUAUAUGGACGUAAACACAAUCAUGUGACAGAACGGUUUAGUUUAAUGGUGAAGCUUUAGGUUUUAAACUCGUGGUGAUGUUCGUAACCAGGACAUGGACCUCUUCACUGAAUCAUGUGAUAUGUAGCACUAACACUUUGUUUUGCCAAAACACAAUCCUCUUUGUUUAAAUAUAAUUAUUAUUAUUUUUAUUUUUUUUUAAAGAAAUAAUUCUUAUCUUUUUAUGUUUUGUUGUGAAAUAUUUUUUUCUUUUUAAAGUGUUUGUAGUAAAAGUGUUCUGUAACGUCAGACGUCCUGUACAAUAAAGUGGACUUUAAAUUCA